ACCAUUGUAAUACUAAAUGCACUGUACUUACAUAGAUGCCUUGUCGUUUCUCUGCUCCGCAGAGCAGAAAUCGGGGUUCAGUGCAACAAAUACACCAACCAUCAAUGCGUCAAUUCUUGGCAGAUUUGUGCUUUCUGCUUUCACAAAGCCGGCAUCCAUAAUUAGUUUAGUCAAAAAAAAACAAAUUUACUGUUUUUUUCUUUCCUAAAGUUAAUUGUUUUAAGAUAAAUUUAGUCAGACGAUAGAAUCCACCUACAGUAACACGCGAAUGACAUUUAGUUGUUUACCACAAGAGACGUCAAAAUCAUGGCGGAUGUGGCGAACAGCGUUUUUAGUGUUUAAAAAAUAUAGACUAAAAAAUAUUUUUUUAAAUUAAAUUUCUACAGCAAUCUUCUGCUUUUAUGAAGUGAAAUCGAUAUAUUAAGGUUCCUUAGACUAAACACUUUAAGAAAUAAACAUUUAUUUAAUACAAUUCGACAUGAGUAAACUAGCCUAUUGUGCCGAUGUAAAUUUUACAGUGUUUUGACAUGUAUUUUGUCCACAAAACACAUACUUUAUAAUAUUGUCACUCAUCUUUGUGAUAGUAAAUAUCAAACACAAAAUUUCAAAUAAAACAAACAAACCAGAGCGUUGUACAUAUAAUACCACGAGGUUCACGAGCGCUAUGAUCAGUUGUGAAAGCGUAAUGGAAGACAGCAAGUGAUGUGGGGACGGUGCGAGAGAGUGGAAGAUAGAGAAAGAGCGAAAUAGAGAGAGGCGCGUAGUGUGAAAUACAUGCUUCGCUGCAGCUGCACGCACAACACUUUAUUAACGAUUUUUGUUACUUCCGCUUGUCCAAAUCGGCAGAUUAUAUGUUUUCCAUGAUCCUUGAAUUAUUACAUUAAAUAAAAAAAUCAACCGCGCUCGAGAAUGUCCAGAGACAUCGUUUUUUUUUGCAACUUUGCAACCCUCCCACUCCCUUUCGUCACGCUCAAAUCGUCAGAUUAUUGAAAUGCAAUUAAUUACUUAAACCACCAUACCUUAAUCUGACGUGCUCGAGUAUUUCCGUCUAUCGUUUUUUUUUUACUAUUCUGAUCGGCUGGUCUACGCGCGCGGCACUACAUGGAAACCUCAGAUUAGAGGUACUCUACUAGAUAUAAGGUAUCUUCCCAUAUAUUAAUCUGCCGCGCUCGAGUAAAUCCCCAAAUCCCCUCUUGGGCUCCCCUAUUAUUAUGAAUAAUCAUGCACUAUUACUAGGUCACAUACGAAUACGAACAUGCAUCCUUUAUGUAAACGAAAGUUUGAAAUCGAGUUUCUGAACGCAACUUAAAGUGACAUUUGGUUGACGAUUUAGGUUAUCAAUGGUUAUCAACCAUUCAUAUUGAAGUCUAAUAUUGAAGAAUUGGCUGUAUGGAUUUCAUUAACGGAGUGUUAAAAAAGGGUUCCAAGAUUUUUUUGCAAACCGUACUUUUCAAGCGACAUUUGACAGAUAGAGCUCCCAGAAUUGGCAGCGCCGCAGAGCGGAGCACAGGCGUACUAGUUUCCCGGCUCGAAUACCAGCUUUCAGCCAGCUCGGCACAAGGAUUUCUAGGUGCCCAUCUAACAUCCCUGCGCAUUAUACCAUAGAGAAAAGUAAUAUUAUUUUUACUAGAAACAUUAUACUCUACAUAUACUUGUAUGUGCUGUGGUUUGUGAAAUUAAAAAUAUUUUUUUUAAAAUAGUUUUGCUUGGUGUAGUGUUGACGUUAAUUGGUAUAAGUGAAAACCGUGGUGCAUUAAUAUUAUACUUAUUAUUUUACACCGCACAGCAAUAUGUAAAUAAGCCUAUGUCUAUUUUAUUAAAGUAUACCUUUUCUUUUGGCACAGCAAUGAUUCUAAUACGAUUUACAUAUUCAUUAGUCAAACCAUUAUGCACUACUGUUUGUAAACAAUCAAUUUUUGCUUAUCAGAAAUGUAACUUUCAUAGCCUAGCUUUGAAGCAAACAUUUUAUAUUAAAAAUAAAAUCUGCUUCCGGACUUGUCUUACUACCACAUCACAAGAAACUGAUAAAAGCAAUUACACAGUCAAGGAACAGAUAAUCACAAAAAUGAAUUUUCAGUCUACAGAGCAUGCUAUAGCUUUUUAUAAAUUACCUAUAAAAACGUUACUGCAUUUAUAUAAUGUUACCAGAAAUGAUGAAAAACAUGGAUAUUGUAAAAACAGGUUAUAUUAUGUAUCUUCUAAGUUAAAGUGCCCACCUUCACUACUAAGUAAAUAUGUUGCUAAAAGAACUUUCAUUUAUAGCUUAUCAUUUGAUUGGCUGGAGAAAUCGUUAAAUGUGUUACUGGAAAUGGGAGUUUCUUGUGACCGUAUCAUUAGAGAUUUAUGGGUUCUAAAAUAUAAGGCUGAAACUAUACAAGAGAGAUUAAAAAGAGUCAAAGCUAUGGGUAUAGACAAUAUGUAUCCAUGGAUGGUUAGAUGUUCAGAAGAUAUAUUAAAUAGACAUGUAUCAAUUUCUCAAGAAACGACACAUAUUCUUGGCAAUAAUGAAAACAUACAUACAUAUCUUGCAAGACGUCUCAAUACGACAGUAGAAGAUGUGGAAGAAAUGUGUAUUAAGACGCCAGCUUUAAAGACUAUAAGAGCCAUCAAGGUAAAACAUUUUUUGGACUAUUUAAUAAGUGAGGGCAUCACUCCUGAAGAUAUUGCAAAAAAACCUCGAAUACUCGCUGCUUCUCAAAAAACAGUAAAAAAAAGGGUGGAUAAAUUAAGGCAGUUAGGUUUUCAAGCUAUCAAUUUAAAUAUACUUUGUAGAAGCAAAAAACAUUUCAAAAAAUUUUGUGAUGCUUUUGAAAUUUCUACUAAAAAUAGUUUUGACUAGUUUUAAUAAAUUAAUCUGUAAAGUACAAAAUAAUAAAAUGCUUUAUCUUGUUUUUUUUUUUUAUUUCGACACCAAUUAUUAGCUUAGCCCAAAAGUAAGCACUGUAAGGCUUGUGUUAUUGGAUACUAGGGUAACGGAUAGAAUAGAAUAGUUUAUUAUAUUUUUAAAGAAAUACAUAUUAAACAUCCAUGACUGGAGUACAAAUACUCGUAUUCAUCACACACACAUCUGCCCCCACCGGAAUUCGAACCCGGGACCUCUCGAGUCGGCGUCACCAUCAAACCCGGCGUACAAACCACUCGGCCACGGAGGUCGUCAAAUAUCUCGUUAGACUUUCAUUUAGGAUAUACAGAAAGCUCAGUAUAUAAAAUUAAUUAUGGUCUUAUUUUUUUUUCUUUGUUUUUUGCCUUUUUACCCGGCUGCGCAAUGCAAAAGCGCGAAGCGCGACGCGUAGACAGGGUUAUGUGUUUAACAGUCUAUAUAUGUAUGUUUGUUCCUUUGUGGCACACUAGAGACCAAACGCCUGGACCGAUUUUGAUGAUUCAUACAUCAAUCGAUUCGUCUCAAUCAUGGGAGUGCUACUAAAGAUAUGAUAGUAAUCAAAAUUCAAUAUGGGCAAAAUUAGGCGCCAUAUUGUGACGAAGUAAAAAAAAUAAGUUGACAAAAUAUGUCGAGUGGGGUAUCAUUGUCUAGAUAAUCAAAAAUCAUAUUUAGGUUCCUAACACCAUUUUUCAUUUUAUGUGAUUGUUUAGGAUCUACAACGCUUUAAAGUUGUAUAUUAACCACUUACGCUUUUAAUUUCAAUCUUACGUUUAUAUGGAUCUUUGUUACUCUUUCACCUAAAAAAUACUGAAUGGAUUUUAAUGAAACUUAACAGUAAUAUAGCUCAUAUAUGAUUAUUACAUAUACAUAUAUAAUAAUUUAUGUAGUUAUUGAGUGAAUUGGCCAAUGUAUAACAAUAAGUGUCACAUAAGACGGAAAAAAAUCUCCCAUCUGCGAGCCAUUUUGACCUGCACUGCAAAAACAAUAAAAGUUAUAUGAAUGUAAUGUAGAGUGAAAAUGUAUCUCUUAAAUAGUUCUAAAAAAAAGUCCGUGACACCAUAUAUCUAUUUUUAAUGUGUGAGUCAUUACCGCUAAAAUAGUGAAUCAAAACUAAAAAAAUAUUUGAUAUCUAUUUCCAAAAUGCACAUUUUGAUUAACAAAUCAUUUUUUUAUCCAAACAAAUACUUUUAUCGCUUUUGAUAUUUAAAGGCGAUAAACUUUGCUUUUUACACUAUGUUAUUUCGACAAAUAUUUAAAAAGUUACAACGAUGACAAAGUGAUAGCGCGGUGUACUAUGUAAGAGAAAAAAAAAGGGGUAUUCGCAGUAUCUGAUCCUAUACGAAGUACUAACAAUAAAACUGUGAUACAGUUCCUUCUUAUUAAAUGAUGAAAAAUAUAUUAUCAUAAUAGGUAUUUAUGAUUAUUGAAUUUUAAUGAAAAACUCAGAAUUUUACUGUUUUUCAUUUUUUUUAACGAUAUUACUUAAUGUUACAAAAAAGGUUUACUAAAUAUAAUGACAAAUAACCCAUUUUUCGCUAGUAAGUACAUACUUAUUGGAAUCCCUGUAUUUAUUAAUCAGCUCGCGAUAAUAUUGGUUUUGUAAUAAUUCUGCAAAAAUCAAAGUAAAUAAUGUAGAUUUUUAUAGGUACAUCACCCCUUUCAUCACCCUACGGCUAUAAGUAUUGCGAUGUUGUAGCUAAGAACCAAGUUCCCAUCUACUUCUAUAUGGGAAUUCAUUAUAUUCGAUUUAGCUAUUAAGGCACGGAAGCGCAACAAACAAACUCACUUUCGCAUCUAUAAUAUUAUAUUAUACUUACUAGUGAUCCACCCGGGUAUUGUACGGGCGAAAUUUAUUUAUCGGGAUAAAAUAUAGCCAAUGUCACUCGGACAAAAUGUAUUUAAAUAAAGAUAAAUGUUAUAUUAAAUAAUGUAGCUACCUUAUGAUGAAUUAAUAUUUGAAACCGGUUCAGUAGUUUGACAGAUUAUUUGUUACAAACAUACAAAUCUUGCCUCUUUAUAAUAUUAGUAUAGAUAGUUAGGAUAAGAUAAGUAUUUAAUUGAUGAAAAAGAUUUAAAAAUAAAGUAAGUAAUAGGUUUAUUUGAUUAUAUUUGUAAAAGUUACUUAGCAUUUGUGCUUAACAGUGAUACGUUAUUCGGUAUUUUUUAUACAAAAAAAAAUUUGGAAAAUAAUUGCUAUGAUUGCACUACUGGGAGUACUCUUCAUUCGAGUUUUACACUACCAAUAAAAAAGGGUCGAAUACAAAGUCUUUGACCUGUUAAAUGUGAACCCCGGACCCCGCUGGUAAAGUCUUUAUGUCUUAAUAAAUCAAUCUUUUAGACCGACGCAAGGUACUUAAUAAUACCCGCGAUAUUAAUUCCCUUACUGAAGUAACAAGAUUACGGUAUAUACCGUCUUAAAAUACUAACUAACUAAAAAGUGUGAAAUAAAAAAGGUAAAUUUAAAAAAUCAAAAAACCCGACUGCUUAAUUAUACUUCAAAUAAAUACUAAAAAGAAAAAAACAAGUCCAUUAGUCUAUAAUUCUGUUAGUAAGGAACAAAGCUACUUUAACAGUCGGGACCCACUGUUGAAAAAUAUUAUGUAUUCUUGAAUAUCUAAUGGGUCCCGACUGUUAAAGUAGCUUUGUUCCUUAUUAACAGAAUUAUAGACUACUGGACUUGUUUUUUUCUUUUCAGUUUUUAUUUGAAGUAUAAUUAAGCAGUCGGGUUUUUUGAUUUUUUAAAUUUACCUUUUUUUUGCAACUAUGAAUGAAAGGAUUGGUGAAAUUCAGCUUGACAGAUUUUAUUUUAGUGUUCAUUCUUUUAAUUAUAAUUCUAAGUUCCGUUUAUUUUUUGAUUUAAUCCCCACAGUAAAAUAUAUUUUCUAAUUUUUAUCAGCCUAUGGUAUUUUACCACUUGUUAUUGUAUAAACAUUCAUAGAUUUAUAAAUAUAGAUACAGUAGUAAUCCAGUAUAAAACUAAAAUAUUGUUUUUUAAUAUCUUUCCUAUAAUUAUACUAUGUAAGCUCAAUUGAAGACAUUCUACAUAACUGAUUAAGUACUAAAAUAAUUGCAAGUAUUUAUAUGUGAGUACUGCGUGGGUCAUACGAUUUCACAAGCUUAAGCGGCUGUCUCUGGGAUUGCUGAAUCCGGGUUCACUUGGUACGCGUCAUGAUGAAUUUCUGUCUACUGUUGAGUGUAACAAUGUGGAUAUAUCUACUAGCAAUCAACGAGAUGUGGCUCCGGGCGGGUGAAGAUGCACGAGUACCUGCAGCGCGCGGAUACAGGUUGCGGCACUUGCCGCGCCCAACUGGCGUGCGCUCGCACUGAGGUGGCGUAGGGUUUUAUCUUAGAUGUGGUUUAUACGCGCGACUUCUCCAGCAUCCCAUAACGCCCACUGUCGAACAAAUGUAGAUAGGUAUCAACCUGGACGAUUUGCUGUAGGUACCGCAUAAUAGACGCUAUGCCAUUCGUUACCGAUACCGAUUUGUUCAUUGCUUCUAUAAACACAUCUAUUGUGUUUAUAGCGAAUCGGUAACCUUUUUCUAUAUCUAUGACCACUUAGUAUUGCUAGGCGAUUUCAUUAAAGAUUUGCUAAAAACUUGCUUGCUUGGGACUUCGUUAGUAUGUAAAUAAGCCAACAUAUUUCAUAGACCACUCUGAAACAUUACUACAUGCAGAGCCAUCUUUCCCAGUGGGCACUUUGGGCAAGUGCCCAGGGCCCCGCGAUCGAUAGGGGGCCCCCUCAGAUCAAAUACAAAAUCCCUAGUUCCUGUUAAAUCACCAAACUGAAGUCAUAGGGGCCCCAUUAUCCUAAUAUGCCAAGGGCCUCCAAUAGGUCAAAGACGGUACUGACUACAUGUAAUAUGCAGCUUAACAAAAAUUAUGAACGUCUAGGUUGACCAUGUGCCUGAUCUAAGUAGCCAUGCUUUUAUUUCUUGCGAGUUGACUUAAGAAAGAGAGAAAACCAAAAUCGUUAGUUAAGUUCAUAACGUACAGACCUAUUAGAUAUAUAAAUUUGGAAAGUUUUAACUGACAUGUGGCUGAGAUACCCUGGGAUAUUAAUACGUUCAUGAAUCUCUAGCUUCAUUUAAUUAACAUAAUUAUAUUAUUUGAUGCUUAUGCUCCCAUAAAAAUAUCAUACGUUAAGUAACAAUGUUACCCCUGGAUAACCCAAACUACCAUAACGAUAAGGCAUAAUAUGAUGCAUCGAAGGAACAAAGCGUACGCAAAAUCUAAAAGGACGAAACAUGAUUCUGAUAAAGUACCUACAUUACAAUAAAUUGAAGAAUAUUGUGAACGUCUUUCAUAACGUGAAAAUUGUAAACAAAGCUGUUUUGAGAGAAAUCGGCAUAUUUUCAAAUUAUAUAAAUAAAAAUAUGAAAGAUCCGCGAGUGUUCUGGAAGAACAUAAAGAAAAAUGUUGUUUAUUUAAAAAAAUAUCUCUGACCCUAAAAAACUAACUAUCACUUUCUCAAAGCUACCUGCCAUUCGCCUAACGGAUAUGCUUUGGAAAACGCUAACGCUUAAGAUUUUAUUUUGUUAUUUCUAGCCGCCUGAGGAUUUUAAAUGCCUCGCGCUCUUUUUUUCUCUUACAUUGGUAAUUACAAUAUUAAAAAAAAUGAGCGUGAGGUAUUUGAAAAACGUUCGGCGAUCAGAAAUAACAAAAUAAAAUCGAAAGCGUUAGCGUUUUCCUAAGCAUUUCCGUUAGGCGAAUGGCCCCCUGGCACUGAUGAUGUUGAUAAAGAUUGUUUAAUGUACCGAAAAUAAAAUCGCUUAAAUUUUUAGAUUUUUCGUUUGAAGCCAUCGAUGGGAUUGUAUUUCAGCAACCACGUGCAUGAGACAGUCGGGCAAUGCUACUAUAGAUUGAAAGUUCUAUAUCGUAUACGUCAGUUUUUAAUACGUUAUCGCCACUAUGGCAAUUAGUUUAAGUACUAGAUCAGAGUACGAGGCCUAUCCAAUUACAGCGAGGAAUGCGAAAGGGAGAUGUGAUCUCCCCGAAGCUGUUUACCGCUGUGCUGCAGGACGUCUUUUCGGCUUCAGAAUUAGAGCGGACUAGGCAUCAACGCCAACGGCGCACUCUCCUUCGAAUUAUCGAUGUUAUAGUCGUAUCGCAGACAGUAGUGUCUCUCAACACAAUAGAAUAGAGGCUAUUCAAAGGCGAUACCCAAGUUCGGUAUGAGGCGUAAGUUGGGCACAUACGAGGCUAGGCUUGAGUAUUUUAAUAUGAACACCCUUCCAUCCAGGCGAGACAUAGCGAAUUUAUCGACACUUCACAAAAUUGUAAACUCUGUUUGGGACGUGGAGGAUCUGUUGAGCCGCUUUUCAUUCAAAGUGGGAGGAAGUAAAAGGGUGCAGAAACUUUUUUCCGUACCAACUUGUAGUAAUAAUGUUAGCUACAAUGACCCAUUAUAUAGAAUGAGCCGGCCCUUAAUGACGUGGAUAUCUUUGCCCUUUCCCACUCCUCUUACUUACGAAUAUGCAGGAGCAAAUUGUAAUUAAAUUGAUUUUUAUUAUUAUCUAUAAUUCUUGAUUAGUACAUACAAAUUUAAUUAUUUCUUUUUUUAAUUGUAAUUCCAUAUUUAUUAUAAUAAUUAUUUUUUCAAAUUUGAGAGCUAAAAUUAAGCAAAUGUCGUGUUCAGCAUCAAUUGGGGUGCCAGUUCAUGUAAUACAAUAAUUAUGUUUAAUAAUAUGUAAGUUAUAAUUUGUACUCUUGUCACUGUACCAUAAAUAAAUAAAUAAACAAUACUCAGCGACCUCAGCAAAUCCUCUCAACUCAGAGCCCAUAUGAACACGAGUAAUCCAAAAAUUAUGUCUUACAAUCAGGUUAUCAAGGGGAGCUCCAAUUUCUACCUUCUAUCCUACCGCUCUUACGGAAUCAGGCUGUUUCCCCCAGAGAUGUGUUAGGACAGUUAGCGAGGAACGUGUUUGUAUUAAACCAAUACAACUUCUCGAGGCGGUUAGUGCAAGCUAUUGCUUAUGCUAUUUCGUCUCUGCUAAUCGUUACAAUAAAACAUGCCGGGAUUGACAAUACUUGAUCUGUGCCACCCACCACUUUAACGAUGGGGUCGAUGGAACCUUUAUAUCCAACUGUCAAAUUAUAUUUUGUAAGGUAAGCUCAUUAAAGGAGUAUUGGAAUAAAACCAGUUAUUAAUAUCAUUGAUGAUUAUUUGCCUCAGCCAUAUAAAACAAAAUGUCCCUGGAAUGAAAUACAUAAAAUAUUCUCACUAGCAUUUAAACCCACAUGCUCAACUGCAAAAAAUGUAUCACCAAAGUGUUUCUAUGGAAAUGGAAUACAAAGGUACUUUGAUUUGCCAGCGGUAUAUUUGAAUUAACCACUAGCAAGUCACUUGCAAAUAUUGAUGUCUAAUUUACAUUAUGUUAACUGUGAUAUUUUGUAUGUAUAUAUAUAUUUAUUAUACUAACUAUGAUGAUAUUACAUAGUGUGAGGUUCUAGUGCAAUCCAUAAAGGAUAAAUUGAACUACUGAUGAGCACAUUGCAUACCAGGACCAGCGUGCAUGUGCUCAUCAUCAUCACUAGCAUAUGCUUCUUCUCUACCUCUGCCUUUCUCACUAGCUGUGUACUCCAUCAAAUUUACUUCCUCCACCUCUUCUCCAGUAGGCAUGACAAAUGCAGGACGAGGAGGUAAUAUACUCUCAAUUUGUUUCAGUUGAUCCUCUGUAGCAAAAUUGUUUUCAGGAAAUACAACAUCAAACUUUACAUAUAAAUUUCCUUUCUCAAAUGGGUUUUUAAAUUGUGGCAUUCCCUCUCCCUGGAUGCCCUUAAGAUCUCCAGGCUUCACAAUAUCUCCAGGAGCUUGUCUAACCAGAAGAUCUCGACCGUCUAAAUGUUUCACAACAAAUUCAAAGCCACAUAAAGCUUCAGUCAAACUUAUCUCACGUUUGAUGACAAGAUCAUCACCAGUUCUUUGAAACACAUCAUGAGUUUUCUGUUGCAACACAAUAAUUACAUCUCCAGGUUGUGUAUCAGGUUGUUGAUCACCUUCACCUCUGAAGAAAAUUUUCUGAUUUUCACGCAUACCUUUCUCAAUAUGAACUUCCAGUAUCUUAGUUUCAUUUAUAACUUUUUUACCUUUGCAUUUAGUGCAUCUAUCUUUUUCAUUUAUAGUUUCUCCUUGGCCAUGACAUGACGGGCACCUUGUCUGGAAUUGUCUGGUCAUAUGUGGGGCAAUCUGUUGAUAAGACACUUUCAAACCUUGACCAUGACAAUCUUUACAUGUUACAACUGAUCCUGGUUUUCCACCAAAUCCCUUGCAAUGACAACAGAUCACAUUUUUACUAAGUUGCAGUUUUGCUGUUUUACCCAUAUACAUGUCUUCUAAUGAUACUUUAAGUGUAUGUAUAGUAUCUUCACUACGAGCAGGCCCUCUACCUCUGCUCCCACCACCCAUCCCAAAAAUGUCACCAAAGAAAUGUCCGAAUAUAUCAUCAGGUUGAAAACCUCCGGAACCACCACCGCCUUCUUGAAGCCCUUUUAAUCCGUAUUUAUCAUAAAUCUGUCUUUUCUUCGGAUCUGAUAAUACUUCAUAUGCAUAACUUAUUUCUUUAAAUUUAUCACCCGCAGCUGGAUUUUUAUCUGGAUGGAAUUCUUUUGCCAAUUUGUGAUAACUCUGUAAGCAAAAAUUUAUAGAUACAUGACAAAAUU